GAGAGCAGAGCGUCUCUAAUGAGGUCUCAGUGUUGGAGGGGGGGCACAUGGGAGGGGGAAGUCAGCUGGACUGCAUAUAUAAGCGAGUGCUCCACACACAGAAGGGAAAACAGAACAGGGGAGAGAACUGACUGAGAAUAAGUACUCAGAGAAGGACUGAGAGAUAUCUGACUGAGAAGUACUUUGAGAAAGGGGUGAGAAUAGAGAGGGACUGAGAGAGAAAGGAGUUUACUCACAUGGAGGGGGUCCAGGCAAACGGAGAGGUGCAUGGGCACCACCACCAACAGCAGAACCAGAGCCAGCAUCAGCAGCAGCAGCAGGAGGUGGAGGAGACGGCGCCACUCUCAGAGCAGGAGAUGGACCUCAUCCAGGACACAUGGGCCAUCGUCUUCCAGAACAGCGAGGCAGCUGGGGUUGCUGUGCUCAUCAGACUAUUCACCAAGUUCCCUACGUCCAAGCAAUACUUUAAGGACUUCAAAGACAUGGAGGACCCAGACGAGAUGGCUGGCAGUGCCCAGUUCAAGAAGCACGCGGUGCGGGUGAUCAACGCCAUCAACACCCUGGUGGAGAACAUCCACAACGGCAGCAAGGUGGCCUCCAUACUCACCAUGGUGGCCAAGGGCCAUGCUGUCCGGCACAAGGUGGACCCCGUCUACUUCAAGUUCCUCGGAGGCGUGAUCCUGGAGGUGCUUGUGGAGGCGUUCCCCGACACCUUCCAGCCCGCGGAGGUCCAAGGGGCCUGGUCAAAACUCAUGGUGGUGCUCUACACCCAUGUGACUGGAGUGUAUGCAGAGCUGGGGCUUCUGAAGGCUCUGCAGCAAGAGCACUGACACUCGGCUCGGCUCAGCUCUGACGCGUUUUGGUUGGAGAGGUGUGGUGGUGGGUCUUUAAUCCCACAUGAUGUGACACCAAAGUCUCACUGGAGCUGUGGAGGUGAGAUGGACGGAACACAGAUGAUAACCCCCCCCUCCAAGUGUUUGCAGAGGGAUCAGAAAAGACGGUUACGGUCAAACGGUCACAGUGUGGGGUCUACUUCCUUCUUGUACCAGCAUCACAUGCAGCACCUUGAAUGGACCUUUCCCAUGCUACUGACCAAGCUAUGGAACACUGAACUGGAAUGGCGUGGCUUGGUGUUAUUCAGAAAGGCGUGUCUGCAUCUCUGACUCGCUCUCUUAGUGUGUGGGUGGUGGUGGUGUGCAUGUCUGCGUUUGUGCGUGUGUGUAUGGUUUGUGGUGUGUGGUGUGUGUCCGUGCAGAACUGGGUGUGGGUGUCGUGCAGGACAGUGUGUGUGUGUGUGCAAAGAAUCCUUAAUUCACAGGAAUUUUCUACUGCCUCUUUUUUUCUACUUGGUGUUUCUAUGGUGCCAGACCAAUCUUCAUGGAUCAAAUCACAGAGACAUGAACAUAAUUGAUAAUUGUCAGCGCAAUUUGUAAGACCCGAAAUGGCAGCAAACAAUAAUAUGUAAUCAUCCAAAGUUCUGUCUGCAGCCUACAGAAACUGUAUUAUAAUACAUGUAUAUAUAGUACAUAUAUAAAGCAAUAUUUUCAGAAAAAGUGUAUUCAUUUCCCAUGGCAACCACUUGUUAUCUGUUAUGUGCACUGUAGCAGUUUAUCUUACUCUCCCCAUUCAAGGUGUGAUGAGAGAAAAAUGCUUUUUUGUAUUUUGUUAAAACAUUUCCACGUCCACAUUCCUGAGGCUGCACUGCGUGCCAGUUGAAGAGCGAUAAGAUCUGGGAUGGAUGACGCAUUUCUUUUUUUUUUCGGUUUGGCGGUGAACAUGGCCAUAAAGUAACAAAGUGUAAUUUUUAUGUUCAAACAACGUCUCCUUUUGUAUCAUUAUGAAGCAUUCCACGACUUAAGUGGUGUGCUUCAGUAUAGGCAACAGACCACUACAAAUCUGAAAUGUAUUUUGAUUGUGUACAUAACUUUAGCUCGAGCGGCGGUUGGAUCUUGAUAGCACACAUUGAUGUUAUCUUGUCAUGUUGUUGUAAAUCUCAAUUUUUGUGCAAAGUGUUAUUUAAACAGGGAUUUGUGGAUACCUUGCCAUUUGAGUUGUUCAUUGAGAAACGUUUGCAGUUAAUGUUGGUAGGAGAAUAUUAUGUUAAAUGAUCUACAGUACUGCACUACUUUAGUCACCAUUAUUUUCUGUACAAUCAUCACUCAUGUCUCCUUAUCACCGUUAAACUAUGUACCUAUAUGUGGGAGUGCUUUCUGUCUUGGAAAAGGAAGGGGUGACAUAUUUUCACAAUAAAUGUUUCCCAGCAGCA